AUGGCGGAUCUCUUCAAGAACAUCCAAGGCAUCCUCGGCGGCGCCAAACAGUCCGUCGCUGCCGCGGUUCAGGACGCAGACUUCGCGGACUUCGCGACUGCUGCUUCGCCCGCGGCUCCCAGCCAUGCUGCGACGACAUCCUUCGCUGCUGCGAGCACAUCAAGGCCGAAGAGUUUGACUUUUGAGGGACUCCAAGGACGUCCUUACACCGCAUGGUACCGCGUUUGGGAGCGCGUGACCAUCGCCGACUUCUACCAGGAACUUGUCAUCGUUCCGCUCAUCCUGCUUGUGAUUUUCGUCAACCUUUGGGGCGCAGGAUUAAACAAGAAGCGCGCCAAGGAAUGGGCAUUGACUUACUUCCCUCUGCUGGAGUCUGAGUAUGCUGCUGUGGGAUACGCCGGGUCAAUUGGUCAAAAGGAUUUGGGCAAGACUAUCGCGCAGAGUCGCAGCGUUCCAGCAUCGUUGUUGAAGGAUAAGAGCAAGAAUGAAUACGUGACAUACGCUACGGGUCGACAGAAUGUUGCGUGGCUCGAUGCGAAGGUCACGCUCUACAAGCGUUACAACCCGUUCUUGUUGCUCGUGGAAUACAUUUUGACUUUCCUCUUCGACAUGGGUACUCCUCCUUCGGAACGUUUUGAGGCGACAGCCUACUGCUUCGACGGCAAGGAGAAAGCUCUCGUACCCUCCCAGAACUUGGGUCCCGGUAACAAGGACAGCACAUACGAUGGUUUCGUGUGGGCGAUUGUGCACAAGGACAGAAUGAAGUCACUUCGUGAAGAUCGCUACGACAUCAGCCUCACUUCGACCAAGGACCACCCGAGCCUUCCCAUCUGGGCCACGAUCAUGUCCGAGAGCGCGCAGAUCACCGAGGCAUUGUUGACGCCUGAGUUGAUCAAGGCUGUCAACGACGCGGGUGAGGACCUCGAGGCGCUGAUCGUGUCCGACCAGCCGGUCGACGCACCCAAGAAGAUCGAGGACACCACGCCCAAGAAGCGCGUCUACAUCUCCAUGCGCCUGUCCAACUCCGCUGCCAGCGCCGCCCUCUUCUCGCAAUUCCUCCGCCUCCCCGAUUUCCUCGUCACUUCAGCUCACUUCCGCCCCGAGGCCCUUCGCAAGAUCAAAAUGACCCGCGAGGACGAGAUCAAGAAGCUGCGCAAGAUCGAAGAGGACGAGAAGGCCGAGGAACGAAGAUUGGCAGGUGACAAGCUGAAGAAAGAGGAGCGCGAUCGCAAGUUGAGCAAGAUGAGUGCGGACGAGCAGAAGAAAUUCUUGGAAAAGGAGAAGGAGAAGGCUCAAAAGCGUGCUACGAAGAAGCAGACCAUGCGUGGUUGA